UGAGAAUCCCGGCCCUCUCUAUUCUGCCCUUCUCUUCAGGCUUUCUCUAGAGUCAUAUUUUAUCUCGUUUUCUUGUUUGAAUCCAAUCGAAUCCAAACCCAAGACCAAGACCCAGACCGCACCAUGGGCUGGCCGAGUCACUGCGAUCUCUCCAGCGACAAUGCCCAAUACAGCUAUUGUGCCAAUGGCCCCGCGGCGGUAUUCUUCUCCGUCCUCUUCGGACUGACCUGGAUCGCCCAUCUGGUGCAAGCGAUCGUCUACCGCAAGAAAUUCUGCUGGGUGAUCGUGGUCGGCACGCUGUGGGAAUGUCUGGGGUUGAUCAUGCGCACGUACUCGACCAUCAACCAGACCGAGUCAACAACGGCGUCUGCCGGCCAAUUGCUGGUGCUGCUGGCCCCGCUGUGGAUUAACGCCUACAUCUACAUGAUCUUCGGUCGGAUGGUCUACUACUUCCUCCCCGAGAAAAAAGUCGCCGGCAUUCGCGCGGAGAAGCUGGCCAAGAUCUUCAUCUGGCUGGAUGUGAGCUCCUUCAUCGUCCAAGCGACCGGUGGUAUCAUGGACUCCGACUUCAGCAACGAAAUGGACAAGAUCGGCCUGCACGUGUACACGGCGGGGAUCGCGGUGCAACAGUUCUUCAUCGUCUGCUUCAUCGGCCUCCUCAUCGCCUUCCACCGGCACAUGCGCCAGGGCCACGGGCGUCAGGACAGGAUGGGCGACCGACAGCGGUGGCAGGCGCUCGUGUUCGCCAUGUACGCCAGUCUGUCGUGCAUCACAAUCCGCAUCAUCUACCGUCUCGCCGAAUUCGCCGACACCAACACGGCCGGCAGCAGUCCGCUGACCGUCAACGAGGCGCCCUUCUACUGUCUGGAGUGUCUGCCCAUGUUCGCCGCGAUGGUCAUCUGGAACGUCUGGCACCCCGGUCGUUACCUCCAGGGGGACGACAGCGAGUUUCCCAAGAAGAUCAAGCUGUCGCGCGGGGAGAAGAGGCGCAGAAAGCUGGAGGCCAAGGAGGAGGCCAAGGAGCGGAAGCGCAGCAACCGCCGUCGGUCGUCGAGUCGGAAGCGCAACCACCGAGUCUCCGAAUAUCAUUUGACGGAGCAGUCGGACAAUGCGCAGUUGGAGGAAGGGAUCACGCAUGCUUAUCCGGACAGGGUGCGGAUGUAG